AUGGGCAUCUCGUUGUUCUCUCUGGCACAUCUGGCACAGCUGCCCUUGGCCUUGGCUGCUAAGACCUGGACAGUUGGGCAGACCGUAAAUACCACAAGUGGUCUGCUGCUUGGCCAUCCAUCAGAGUGGGCGCCGGACGUCUCUGAGUAUCUCGGAAUCCCCUUUGCGCAAGCACCGGUGGAUAGCCUCCGCUGGGCAGCCCCCGUACGGUACUCCAGCACGGCUUCCUUCAAUGCGUCAGACUUCGGCAACACGUGCCCACGGCUAGGCGGAAACGUCCUCAAUGCUACGAACAAGGCCUUUGCGAAUGUGACGAACGUGGGCGCCGCGAUUCUCGGCCUCCAAGGCGCGCCGAACGACACUUUCUCUGAGGACUGCCUGACGGCGAACGUCUGGACGAAGCCGCAGACAGGCGAUGCCUCGAAGCCGGUGAUUGUCUUCAUACAUGGUGGCGGGUUUAGCUCAGGAGCCUGCACGAACCCCUUCGAGUCGGGAGCAGUCUUUGCGGAUGAGCAGGAUGUUGUGUUUGUGACUUUCAACUACCGUCUCAGCAUUUUCGGCUUUCCGGGCCAUACCAACACGGACAAGGUGCCAUAUAAUCUGGGCCUCCUCGACCAGCGCCUGGCGGUCGAAUGGGUCCGCGACAAUGUCAAGGCCUUCGGCGGCGACCCUUCCCGCAUCACACUGUUUGGCUCGUCGGCCGGAGCCGCGAGUGCCGACUAUCACUCAUAUGCCCACGUCGACGAGCCCAUCGCCUCCUCGUUCAUCCCGGCCUCGGGCACAGUCACAGCCUUCGGCGCCAUAACAUCUCAGGCCGCGGCAGAGAAGUGGUUCGAGGUGAGCAAGACGCUCGGUUGCGGGGGCAGCUCGGCGGGCGUGGACGACGUGCUGGCGUGCAUGCGCGGGAAGUCGACGGGCGAGGUGAUGGCGGCGAUCCCGCCCGUGACGGGCUUCUCGGCGGUGCAGUCCUCGUUCACCGCCACGGUCGACGACACGCUCGUCUUUGCGGACUACUCGGACCGGACGCCGGCCAAGCUGCCUCUGCUCAUUGGGAGCAAUGACGCCGAGGCGGAGCUGUUCGAGGUCACGUCUGCGCUGAAGGGCAAGACGUUUGGCGGCUCAUUCUGGGCGGGCGUCACCAACGCCAUAUUUACGUGUCCCGUCGCAUUACGUGCCAAUUGGAGUCUCAACGCGGACCAGCCGACAUGGCGAUAUCGUUUCUCGGCUGCGUUCCCCAACACGCAUCUCAGCACGAACGGAUACAGCGGUGCGUGGCACGGCAGCCAGAACGUGAUCCUCUUUGGCAACUCGAGACUGUCCGGCGAUGCAGACACGACAGAAGAGAAAGACUUUGCAGCGUAUCUCAGGGGUGCGUGGGCAGCGUUCGCACGGGAUCCCCAGAGCGGACUUGUUGACUAUGGCUGGCCUAUAUAUAGCCCGGGCAAGGAUACGCUCGUGGAGCUGAGCGGUCAGGACGGGAGGAAGGCGAGCUUUGUCAAUGGGGACGAGUAUGAUUUGAACUGCACGCCCAUCGCGGUGGUGACGGGGACGCCGACUGUGAAGGCGACGCCGUCCGCCAUGGGGAGCGGUAGCGACUCAUCGACGUCGGCUUCAGGUAACGACAGCGGGAACUUGUUACCACCGUCACUUGGCGUCAUCUCUGUCUUGAUUACCAGUCUUUUUAUCAGGUAG